GGGGGCGUAUCUUUCAAACGUGGUCUGUACCUGACAACACCGUGGGCUUGUUCUCUCCUUUUUACCAAGUUACAGCCAUGGGACAAACGCCGUCUAAACCAGCCGCACCCAAACUCCCCGCCACCAUCGGAGAGCGGUUCAAGGACAAAGAGUUUCCUUUUGAGAACCUGGUGUUGGAAGGAGGAGGAGCAAAAGGAAUCGCUUACAUAGGAGCUUGCAAGUUCCUAGAGGAUGCCGGGAUAAUGCCCCAGAUCAAGCGGUUUGCCGGGACCAGCGCAGGCGCCAUCACUGCCACCCUGCUCGCCAUCGGGCUGACGUCAGAGGAGAUGCUGAAGGAGCUGAGCGAAAAGAACCUACUGGAAGUCGUGCUUGAUACCCGUUGGACAAAGAUGGCCUGGAUUCCCGGCAUGGCGAACGUCGGCAAGUUUAUUGAUGUCAUCACGGCCAGGGGCGCAUGCCCAGGACAUGAGUUCAUGAACUGGUUCGGAGACAUCUUGGACAGGCACUUAAAGAAGCGACACCCUUCUUUGGAUAAAGACGUCACAUUUGACCAG